GGUAACACACGCCCAUGCAAUCCAGUCUCUAGCACAGCCAGGUGAGUCAAGGAGGAAGAACCUGUGUGCAAGAGAAGUGUCUGGGGCCGGGCCUCAGUGGGGAUUCCAGUUUGACAGCUUUUUUUUCCUAGUUCAAAAACUAGCAGUGCAGUCACAGAGUCACAUUAACAACCUGAAACCUACUAACUGUAUGAGAGCCUCUACAGAAAGACCCACAAAGAACUGCCAUAUUCAGGGGAUUGCUGGUCUGUGAAAGAGGAGAGAAAGAGGGCUUUAUUAAAGCUGUGCUUUGUGUCCCUGUCCCACCAUGAGCAUUGGAGAGGAGGAUGUGACUAUUGUAGUUUCUUCUAGUACAGCAGGUAAGGGAGACAAAACAAAAGGUGGAGAUGAAGGAAAUGGAAGAGUUGCACAACCAUCUGGCCCUACAAGGGCGACUGCUGCAGUUCCUACAGCUGUUUCUGCUUUUACCGCCCACACAUCAGGGCCCACACGGACUUCGGCUCCAGCUACCAGUACUCCAGGACCUGCAACUUCAAGGCCAUCAGGGACUCCAGCUCCCACUACCCACAAUUCAGGAUUAAUAAGUACUGCUUCCCACACUACAGGGCUCACAGGAACUACAAGUUCAACUGUUAACCCUACUGUACCAACAGCUUCAUCUAGCAACAUUCCAAGGUCCAUGGGGACUACAGCCAAUGCUACCAACCCUACAGUACCAACAGCUUCAUCUAGCAACAUUCCAAGGUCCACAGGGACUACAGCCAAUGCUACCAACCCUACAGUACCAACAGCUUCAUCUAGCAACAUUCCAAGGUCCACAGGGACUACAGCCAAUGCUACCAACCCUACGGUACCAACAGCUUCAUCUAGCAACAUUCCAAGGUCCACAGGGACUACAGCCAAUGCUACCAACCCUACAGUACCAACCACUUCAUCUACCAGCAUUCCAAGGUCCACGGGGACUACAGCCAACGCUACCAACCCUACAGUACCAACAGCUUCAUCUACCAACAUUCCAAGGUCCUUAGGGACUACAGCCAAUGCUACCAACCCUACAGUACCAACAGCUUCAUCUACCAACAUUCCAAGGUCCUCAGGGACUACAGCCAACUCUACCAACCCUACAGUACCAACAGCUUCAUCUACCAACAUUCCAAGAUCCUCAGGGACUACAGCCAAUGCUACCAACCCUACAGUACCAACACGGACACCAGCAGCUUCCACCCAUACUCCAAAUCCAACAAGGACUCCUGUUCCUACUACCCAUACACCGGGUCCAGUUCGGACUCCAGCUAAUGCUCCAAGGGUUCCAGGUCCUAGUCGAACUCCAGGCCCUGUUCGGGGGACACCAAGACCUGUCCCAAAACCACCUACUAGCGGCCCCACUGUGACCUACAAGAAGGAGAAAGCUUUUCCCAUUAGAAAAUACUGUGUUCCCACUGUAGCAGUAUUAUUGGUGCUGGCUUCAAUUGCUGUUAUAGCCAUACUGAUUAAAGUGGUUUUGGAUAAUUAUUAUUUUUUCUGCGUCAAGUCCUUCAAAUUUAUACCUUUGGACCAGUGGUGUGAUGGUAAAUCCGACUGUACGGGGGGUGAGGAUGAGAGCCGAUGUGUGCAACCUUUUGAUGUCACUACAAAUUCCAAUGUUAGAUUUGCAGAAGCAGGUUCUGUUCUUCAACUCUAUGUGCAAGCCAGAAGCAGCUGGAGUUUUAUUUGCAAUGACAACUGGGAUACUAAUAAAGCAAAAGCUGUGUGUGCACAGGUUGGGUUCUACAGUGAACCAGUGUCUGGGACUGUGUCUAUUUCUGACUUGUCUACAUCAUCCGCUUUGUUGUAUAGUACUGUCCAGGUGCUGAGCGACAAAAGUAUCCAAGUUAAUCCAACUGUUUGGGGAAGUUGCACAUCUGGCCAAGUUGUAUCUCUUAGAUGCGCAGCAUGUGGUACCGGACAUAAACAAGAGAGGAUUAUUGGGGGUUCUAAUUCUGAUAUACUGAAGUACCCAUGGCAGGUCAGCCUACAGUACAUGGGGCAACACAUAUGUGGAGGAAGCAUCCUGAACUCUCGCUGGAUCCUUUGUGCCGCCCACUGCUUUGACAGGGGACAGAGACAGGUUGAUCGAUGGCGUGUUCAGUAUGGGAUAACCACCCUUACAUACUUGUUUGGAACCUUUGUGGAUAAGAUCUUCCUGAAUUCCAAAUAUGUUACAGAUCAAAAACCAAAUGACAUUGCCCUGCUCCAACUCAAAAGUGAUAUAGUUGCAUCAGCGUCAGUGCAACCUGUCUGCCUUCCUGGAUAUGAUAAUAACUUAGUGGUUGGCGCAGUGCUGUACGUAACAGGCUGGGGUCAUACAGUGGAAGGAGGAGCUGCAUUGGCUUCCCAACUUCAGGAAGUGGCCAUUUCUCUUAUCUCCAGUACAACGUGCAAUCAAGAAUACGGUGGGCAGAUUUUGGACACCAUGUUGUGUGCAGGGAAGAUAGCAGGCGGGGCUGACACUUGCCAGGGUGAUAGUGGUGGCCCUUUGGUGUCAUUAGGACAAAGCUCCCACUGGGAACAGGUUGGCAUUGUGAGCUGGGGCGAUGGUUGUGGAAGACCUAAUAGAGUAGGAGUAUACACAGAUGUGCAGUCCUUUUUGAACUGGAUUUAUGGAGUGAUGAAACAAGUACCAUAAGCCCUAGGGCAGAAUAUAUGGUUUACUGGAACCAUCUUGCAAUGUGAGCAAGUAAAUAAGUGCACAUGAAGUAAUGCAAGAGUGCGACACUCUGCUGGACUGAACUGUCUUCUGGGAAAACUCCUCUGCUGGACCAGAGAAUUCCAGGAGAUGGACAUAUUUGUUAAAAAAAUGGGCUGACGGUGAGAUCACGGGUGUGAAACCUGGUGUUUUGGAACUGUACUCUGAAUAAUGUGAACUUCCCCAAAGUGGUAUUUUGGGAGGCAUAUUCUGAAGAUGUUUCUCAGGAACCAUUUGCACAUAACUGGAAGGAUACAUUCACUAAACUUGGGUGGCAAUUUUUUUCCACAGUAAAUAUUUUACAAAAAAAAUAAAAAAUGUUUUGCUUUUUUUUUUGGCGUUUCCCCUAUCUAAAAAGUGCCAAAACCUGAAAGUGUGUGUGGGUCGAGUUAAUGUACUGUGUGCAAAAUAAUUAACAAUUAAAAUGACAACACAAAUUUCAAUUUUUUUUUUAUUUUUCAUGUGUCCACUGACAUGCAAACUACCUAUAAAAGCUGUUAUUAGUGUAAAGGUUUUUGUAGUGUAGGUGUACAGCUAGAAACAGCUAGAUUACUAAUGACUUCACCCAAUAUGCUGAGUUACAACCUGCACCAUCCCAAUCCUUGUCCUGAGCCACACAUGAUGCACUACACAGCUGACAUUUUAGCACUCAGGAACCCUACAUUCAGCAGGCAGUUCUACAUUUAUUGCAGUUGGAUGUAUAAUUGUGUCUAUAUGUAUAUAUAGACAUUAUUUUUUUCUUAAAAAUAAAAUGUUACAUACUGUAAA